AUGACGGACGUCCUGCGACAGACCCCUCCACCCAUUGAGACUCAACGUCAAUCCUCUACCUCUCCUCCGACCUCGGCCACAUCCUCUCCAGCGUCUUUAUCCAAAAAACGAUCCCGAUCGCAAAUGUCCCUCGACUUGUCCUCCCUACCGCCACUCUCACAGCCAGCGCCACCCUCUAAUACUCUCCUAAUCACACGCCUCGAUGACGCCAAUAUAUUCCAUCCUGCAUCUCUCGCUACGAUCAGACAGUAUAUCAAUGAUAUCGCGCCGCUGAACUCAUUCUCGCCCCUCAAGUCUAUGAACCGCAUCAUCUGCUCGUUCUACGAUACAGAGGCAUCAGUGAGAGUGCGGCAGGUGUUUGAUGGUGCCGCCGUCCUGGGGAACGCUGUGGCAAAAUGUUAUUUCGGCGAACCUACGCCGAUAGGAGAUGAGAAGAAAUACCUCCAGCGUCCCGAUGCCGGUCGUUUAUUCUUUAUCAGCCCUCCACCUAGCCCGCCAGUCGGCUGGGAGAUGAGACCCGAAGACCCUCCAAACAAGGAGGUUCAUGCGGAGGACCUGGCAGCGCAACUAGCGAAGUUGAGCGGGAAGAUGACACAUGCUGCAGACGAGUCGUCCGACGACGAGUCGAAAACACAAUACACGGGCGAGGCAUUGCACAAGUUGAAAGCAAACCGGACGCAGGCGUUCCCUACACUCUCAGCAGAUGCCUCCCCUACUGGCUCGUCACCAAAGAAGCACCGGAGUCGCAGCUCGACCUUAAUCUACGACCCGAAGGUUCACGGUGAUAGCCCGGCGCUUCCGGCGGUGAUGCUAGAAACUGAAGACGAUUCGGAUGUUGAGCUAGAAGAACCUCCGAAAAAGAUCAUGACCCAUACAUCGAGGCCACCACUCGAACUGAUGGAACACUGA